AUGUCGCACGGUCCGGGGCUCGUCCGCACCACGUGCAGCAGCGCUGGCGCCCCGGGACCCGGGCAGCCCUCGGAGGGGAUGCUGGACCUCGCCUUUCCGCGCACCCUGGGGGCCCUGAUGAAAGUGGCGCAGAUGGUCAUCCUGCUGACCGCCUUCAUCUGCAUCAAGCGCAGCCCUGCCUGGACCGACUACAGCGCCUGCAGAUUCUUUGAAGUCGUCACCAUCUGCGACCUGCUCAUGAUCCUCAUCUUCUACCUGGCCCACCUCUUCCGCGUCUACCGGCUGCUCACCUGCAUCAGCUGGCCCCUGUCGGAACUUCUGCACUAUCUAAUCGGCACCCUGCUCCUCUUUAUCGCCUCCAUCGUGCUGGCCUCCAACAGUUACAACCUCGGCGCGCUGGUGGCUGCAUCGGUCUUUGGGUUCCUGGCCAGCUUCCUGUGCUUGGCAAGCUUGUGGCUGUCCUACAAGAUCUCAUGCGUAACCCAGGCAUCAGAUGCAUCUGCGUGACAAGGCCACAGCCUCCCUGCUCCUCACAAGAACCCUCGGGAUGGAGGCCUAACCCCAGCGUGGCCUGGUCCUGACCAGGCCCAUGCAGGCUGGUGAGCACCCGGGGGUCCGUGCCUUCCUCAGACUCUGCCAGGACACCCACUCCUGAAGACCGACCGAGCCAGCCAAAGAUGCCUUCCGCUGUCCACCUCUGAGAGCAUUCCUUCUUGUCUGGGCAAGGACCAUGGCCUUGAGGGAAGUCUGUCUCUCCUGUCCUGCCCUUGGCACCACUCAGGUACUGACGACCACACUGAGCACAGCGGCGGACCUUCCAGAUCCUUCUAUGCAGACACAACCUCUCUUCACAUCCCUCCCAAGCAAAGCUGUCUCCUGUGAUCUUACACACCAUCCUCAUGUAUCCAGCCUGUUCAUCUGGUUUCUGUGUGUGUGUGUGUGUGUGUGUGGUUGUGCGGUUUUUAAUAAAAUCUCAGCCCAUUGCA